CCUGGCGGCCCUGCGACGCCACGACCCCUACAUUAGUCGCAUCGUGGAUGUGGCCAGCCAGGUGGCUCUGUACACUUUCUUCCAUCGGGCCAACAAGUGGCCCUGAGGUCCCUGUGCAGCACAGUAGCGGUUGAGAGGGGCGAUUGAGAGGACGGUGCCACAGAUUGGAGCUCUGGAUAAGACCUAGACGUCGGGAAAGAGACAAGCUGCCUGGAUAAGACCUAGACGGCGGGAAAGAGACAAGCUGCCGAGGUGGCUUUGCUGUCACGUGUGCAGUGGAGAGAGAAAGAGAAGACUGAUGUGGAAGGAACCUUAUUUGUUUAUACAAGGUCUGCCUCUCCAAAGCACGGAUUCACCAUUAUGAAUAGGCUCAGCAUGGAAAACAGAACAGAACCCAUUACUAAAGACCUGGACUUCCAGCUCCAGGACCCUUUCCUUCUCUACAGAAAUGCCACAUUGUCCAUUUAUGGAAUUUGGUUUUAUGAUAAGGAAGAGUGCCAAAGAAUUGCAAAACUGAUGAAAAACCUCACUCAGUGUGAACAGUUGAAAGCCUGUCAUGGAGCUGGAGCAGGAUCCUCCCCAGUGACCCUGAGUUCAGGAGAGGGCAGAGAAGUAGAUAUCUUACAGAUGCUCACCAAGGCCAAAGAUGAGUACACCAAGUGUAAGACCUGCUCUGAGCCCAAACAGAUAACCAGUUCUUCUGCCAUCUGUGACAACCCUAAGCUUAUCAAACCUGUCCCUGUGAGACCCAGUGGCAGCCAGAGGCUACAAGAACCCCCUCCCAACAAGACCUUGGACCCUGAGCCCCAACACUUAUCUUUGACAGCUCUAUUUGGGAAACAAGACAAAGCUCCCUGUCACGAAAUUCUGAAACCCUCCCGGCCCUUUGCCCACCACCACCACCACCACCACCACCACCACCACUACCACCAGCAAGAGCAGCUUCCAGUUCAUCAAGGAGUUGGAUGCUUCCUGUCCUAUGAAGAACCCAGAAUGCUGUCACUGCCUGUGGAGAAGCAACUUUGCCCAGCCAUUCAGAAACUCAUGGUGGGGAGCACAGGGCUGCACCCACUGCCACAGCACCCUGAGCAGUGGCCCUGUGAAAGUGGCAGCCCCAGUCCUGCAGAGGCAGUUCUCCCUGCCCCUGUCCAGCUGGGGUCCCCCUGGAACGGUGGGACUACACACUGUUCACAGAGCACUUGCAGAAACCACAAGCUAUUCGAGCAGCUUCAAGGUGCCUCAGGGGCAGCGCAUAAAUAUAAGCCCUGUGCACCUGCCAGCCCGGCUGUGGCCACUCAGGUGGCUCCGUGCCACAGCGUGGCCCAGUCACAGCUGGUGUAUUUCAGUGGCCCUCUUCCUCCCCCCACACCAGGACAUCAAGUUCUCAGGAAGGAGCAGUGUGCACUACCAGCACAAACACUGCCCCUCUCUGGCAGCCAGGAGAACAGCCCCAGUGUGCUCCCUACUCAGGAGCUGCUAAGAAAGCUCCAGGUGGUACAUCAGGAGCAACAGCUACAGGUGGCCUCCCGGCCAGCCCUGGCAGCCAGGUUCCCCGUGUCAGCCCAGAGCCCAGGGACAGAAAAGCCUUUGGAAGCCUGGGCCAACAAGACAGGCAGCAUGGACAAACAGGCUCCUGUAAUGCAGAUCACCUCAUGUCAGUGUGUUCCUGCUCCAGUGGCUUCUCUGCUGAUGCCCCCUGGGGUUUUCACACAGUCCACCUGUGCCCUACUGAAGGAGACUGAUAAUGGGCUCAUGCCUCUAGGAAGCCAAGAACUUCCUACUGCCUCCUCCAGCCUCCUGCCCCUGCAGAACUGGGAAUCCUCCACUAUGGCCAGCAGGCCCCUCACCAGGCUGCAGCUCCAGGAGGCACUGCUGAACCUCAUCCAGAAUGAUGACAACUUCUUAAGCAUAAUCUAUGAAGCCUAUCUCUUCAGUGUGACACAAGCAGCCAUGAGAAAAGCCACGUAAGCAACUCCAUGAGAGCAGAGACUGGGAGAAUUGGCUUUCCAGGUCCUUCACGUGAACUGGGUGACCAAACAUGUUUCUACCUUUUUGACAAAGUAUAGUAAUACAAAGUAAAAUGGUUUUGGACUGUCGAAUAUCUUGGGGGGUUUUUAUUUCUUGUUCUUGAAGAAUCCCAUCCUCCGGUAUACAAAUUGAGUGGGUAGAUGCUUUGGGCUCCGGUCAUAUAAGAUUAAAUUUUUUCCUACAUUUAUGAGGCCAUUUUAAGAAGAAUUGGGCUCCUCAUGGGAGGGGAUGUUCUCUCGGAGCUAUUUAUUAAUAGCUGAAGCUAAAGAGAGCAAUUUCCUAGUGUUGGGCUCUGUGUGCCAUGGUGCUUGAUAACCACCAGAGGGCAAUAUUACCCCACAAGUUACCUACUAAGGGUUUCAUGAGCUCUUGAAAGCAAUGUUGACUUUGUUUUAACAAAGUCAGUCUUUCAUUUGUAAGGCUCCACUUGGCAUGUUUGAUCUGAGUCUUUGUAGAAAGACUUUCUGAAGACAUUUCUAGCCAGUUUCUAUCUAGAAGGUUUCAACAGUGGCCCAAGACUUGAAGCAACACUCUCAUUUCUCAAUCCAGGGUGCUUCUUGAGACCCAAACAGUAGGAUCAGCCUGCUCUCGCUUCCAGACAGACAGUCUCAUUUAGAAAAUGUGCUGGGGGGGCGGGUCCCAUGAGAAUAGGUUGUAGCUAUUCAGGACCAGAAGGUCGAAGAUUCUCCAAGCUCUGUAGCAGUCCUGUUGCUGCGUCAUGUGCAAAGAGAUAAGAAGCACAAUCCUAGAGGGAGGCGAAGAGCCUUGCAGUCCCCAGAGGGAGCAUGUGGAAACUGACCCCUGCAGAGCAUGCACAGUGACUGAAGCUGCAUGGUUUUACCAUCGUAGUUAUUCCUGGACCACGAAAAGAUCGUUAGCUUAGUGCUUCCUAGAAGAAUCUCAUUCUGUCUGUGGAGAAUUUAAAAUGGAGGCUGGGGUGGGGGUGAAGACUUCCUUACAGCUUCUGAUGCUGGGACCAGAAGUGUCGGAGCUUUGUUCAUCCUCCUAGCAGCAGGGAAACAGCGCCUGUCCUGAAUGCGGGCACGCUUUCCCUAAGGAAGAACGGAGGGGCGGGAGCUGCUGAAGAGGAGCUGACCUCUGCUCACCCUCGCUGUGCACUGGGCUUUACCUGCAUCUACUGUGCCAGCCUCUGGGAGGGAUGCCUCCCAUGCCAUCCAGCACUGCUAGGAACCCAUGUAAAUCUCUCAACUACUUGGCAGUAAUUAUACAUGUCUCCAUAGUCCUAUAAGCAGGAGGAAGCAAGAGGGACAGCCAUGGUCCUGUGGUCCCCAGUCAGUCAAAACAGCAUCACUUUGUUAACUUGUCUACUAAAAUUGGAGCUAUAUUAGGCUGGGGGUGUACCUCCAUCAUAGAGCACUUGCCUACAUAAGGUUCUGGGUUCAGUCCCUAGCACUUAAAAAGGCUAUUUGACCAAUGACCAGUCUUUAAAAAUGUGGUUUGGUGAUACAAAUAAAAUAAAAUAAUGGAAAACAUUUAAAAACUCUAUAAUUGCAUGUUUAAAGAUGCUUCUGUAGCCAGGGAAAGAUUAAUUUUGUUCUUAGCAUUUCUAAUAUAUUGUGUCAAUGAAUAGCUUUAUUUUAUGAAAUAGUUUCCCUUUCUUCACAUGAAUAAGUAAAACUGUAGCGGCAGCUGUUGCCACCCAACAGAGCAAGCCAGGACGGGAGUUUAGAGGACAUGCAGCCUUUGUAGGCCAGUGCUACAGUGAUCUGUUUUGACAAAAUGGUACAUUCUCCAUCAUCCACUCUAGUAGAUCACCUUAAAAGCAAAGAUGGCCACCUGCAGGACAGUCAGGAUGGGUGCUUACCUCCUUACCUCAGCAGGCAAGAGUUGCCUUCUACAGAGCUCCAUGGACACUUGAGCACAGGAAAAAAUGGAUCUAGGCAUCCAGGACUGAACUUCCUAUGUAAAUUUCCAUUUCAUCUUCCCAUGCUCCUCCUGAACUCAAGUUCAGCUUCCACUUAGAGGUCUCUGCCCCAGCAGAGUUUUAACCUCCUUGGAUUUCAGGUAGAGCCUGUAAUACUGUGGCUAAAGGCAGCUUUAUCCAGUGCAGCGAAUGGCACCUUGCAGCGCCAAGGGAGUCAGGUGGCCAGGAGUAGAGGGUGGAGCAUGAGUGGAGUCCCUUGGUCCUGCCUUCAGCUCCUGGACAAGUCUCUUUACAAGGCACCUUAUUGAUGAAUUGAGAGACCUCACAGAGUUCAGAGGACUAAACUGUCAUGGUCCAGGGCUGCAUGCCAGCCAUUGGGAAGGACCUACAGCUACGGGGGAGGGGGGAGCUUCCUGCCAUUGCCCCGACAGUGUGUGCCUGAGGGCCACCUUGUUAUGCCCCCCCCCCCCCCACUUCAUUGGUGCAAUGGAAGCAGUCAUGUCCCUUCUUUAUGAAGGAACUCGUGGGCUGCAACACUGCUAGCAUGGUAACCCUGCGCCUGCCCCGGACUUGCAGGGAAAGUUCUGUGUUAAGUUCCUGUCAUUGUGACAACAAACCUGAGUAAAUCCACUUCACGGGUGAAUGUUUUGCUGUGGGACACAGUUUCAAGGGUUUUAGUGUAUGUUGAUGUGGGAUCUGUUGAUGUGAGGCAGAAAGCCAUGGUGGAACAAAGCUGUUUGCCUUGGAGCAGCCAGGAAGCAAAGAGGAAGAGAAAGGAGGUCUGUGCUGGCUAGAUUUAUGUCACCUUGACACAAGCUGGAGUCAUCGGAGAAGAGAGAACCUCAAUUGAGAAAAUGGCUCCAUAAGAUAAGGCUGUUGACAAACCUGUAGAACAUUUACUAAUUAGUGAUUGAUGGGGGAGAGCCCAGCCCAUUGUGGGUGGAGCCACCCCUGGGCUGUGCUUCUGUGUGAUAUAAGAAAGCAGGCUGAGCAAGCCAUGUGGAACAAGCCCAUAAACAGCACCCCUCUAUGGCCUCUGUAUCAGUUCCUGCCCCCAGGUUCUGGGCCUGCUUGAGUUCCUGUCUUGGCUUUCUUCAGUGACGAACUAUACCGUGGACAUGUAAGCUAAAUAAACUGUUUCCUCCCCAA